AUUAACAACAUAACGAGGUGUUUCGCAAACAUCUCUKACAAUUGACUUCUUAGUCAAAGAUUGUUCUCUAAACAUAGACCGGUAAUACCGCAAAAUACGAAGACAGCAUAUUUAGAUCUAUUUCGACAUUGCCUGAGGUAUAAAAAUACCUGAUGCUAUCGUUAAAUAGGUAAAACGGAUGCAGUUGCCAUUGGAUGACAUYACUUUUCAAUUUCUCCAUUAUUUGUUUUAMACUSUCCCUCAAUUAAACCGCGAAUAUUAGARCUGCAUGACACGCGGCUUCCCAUAACYAUAUUUGACUCAUUGUAUUAAACAUGGAGUGUCGUGCGACUAAGAAGGGCUUCUUAUCUAUURAUACUCAUUGUCCUAAAUCAAGGACAUCGAGUUGCCAUGAGUUUGUUCGCACACUUUGCUGAAGAUCGGAGUUUACAUAUUCGAUGUCGUCAAAACAAGGGGAUUAUAAGCUCGCCCACAUGAUCUAAGGCCUUGCUUUUUUACUUGGAUUUAGCUCGGAAAAACGUCUACAUAAAAUACCACUCAYCACCGACAAUAUACAGUAUCUAACAACCUCGCUAAAAGAUCCCAAUGUGCUAACGACCCGACGGAAAGCCAAUCGGAUCURAAAUAAGCUCAUCUUUGUUGAUCGUGAAAUCAUCGAUCUUCUCCUCUGGCCUAAUUCAAAAGAACCGCUGCACGAUCUUUCGCCCCCCAAAAAGUAUCAACUUGGACGCAGAUAUUCAAAUCACUUAAAAAACGUACAGAAUAGACCAUGAUUAAUUCGACAAAUAACAGCGCACAAAGUCACGGUGGAAAUUCUCUCGAGCCCGAACCGUUUCGUUGGGUUUUGAGAAUYAUAUUCAUAAGCAUUUUUCUGGUUGGGUCGAUUUUGAACUUCGUCGUUUGCUCGGCCAUUAUUCGUCGCAAAAGGAUGAGGUCAAGCAAUAAUAUCUUCACAUUCAAUCUCGCUAUGUCGGACCUGAUGAUYGUCGUUAUCUACAUACCAACCCAAAUGGCUGCCUUUGAAAACGACCACAAUUGGCCUUUGGGUAAUUUUGCGUGUCAGAUAGUGUAUCUUGUCAUUCCAGUUUGUUUAUCAGCUUCAAUAGCUACUUUGYUGGCCAUAACGAGYGAUCGUUAUCGUGCAAUUGCCUACCCUAUGAAGCCUAAACUUAGCAUAAGAAGUGUGCGAUGGAUAUUGYUAUCAAUAUGGYUAAUWUCGCUAUUAGUCGCUUCGCCGUUGGUUUUUGUGGCGGGAACAAUAUCCCCAGCGCCUGGUAUGGUCUACUGCGACGARGAUUGGCCAGAAGGACCCUACAGCGUGAUCUAUUGGAUUUCUAUAUUUGUUAUACAGUAUAUACUCCCACUUGGUAUAAUAUUGGUGCUGGCGAUUCUUAUUACCGUGAAACUACGGAGAAAUUCACUUCAGAUGCUGGAAAAGACUUCCAAGGUUGUAGCAACAGCCGUUCGGCAAAGACUAAGACAGAGCGCAAAGAUCACCAAUAUGUUGAUCGCGUUAGUCGUACUCUAUGCGGUCUGUAUGUUACCUCAGCAUAUUGUGUACUUAUUAUUAGUCUAUGGGGAUUUAUGGAACUAUAAGUACCGGGUUUACAUCAUACGUUUCGCCAAUGUUUUUCCGAUGGCAAACAGCGCGCUCAAUCCAAUCGCGUACGGACUAAAUAAGGAAUUCAAAGCCGUUUUUAAGAAUUUCUUCAAGUGCGAGUUCGGAAAAGACACAGUGGAAGAAUCACAAUCGGAAUUUUCCCGCGGUAGAAGAUUUCGCCUAGCAGUGUACAAACACGUUGAUAAUGAAGGUAAUUCAGUACUGGAAUACGGGAGAAGAUGGAAAAAGAAAUCUACUGGCUCGUAUAAAUCAGCUUGGGGAGCAGGGCUUUUGGCAAGGCGGAAGAAUAGUGAAAACUGGAAUGGCCAAGCUCGGACUAAGGACGUUAGACGAACAAAUAGCAAAACGAACGGCCAUAUAAAUAACAAUUCAUGUGAACACGUUACGGAGUGUUUAGUUAACUUAAUGGAUAAGCAAGAGAAUGAUAGUAUGUUAGUUAAAACUGAAAAGCCAUCACCAGUAAGUGGUGACACUGCGAAACUACUUCCCUCUCCAGAAACAAAUACUACGGAAACCGUAGUUGACUCUUGUACUGAAGAGAAGCGAAUAAGCUUCAAAAAGACUUAUGAACAUUGCAACUCGGACACUGAAAUGAAACAGCGYUUAUUAAACAGUCAGUCAUCYACGGAAUCCAACAUGACGCAAAACGAUUCUACAGAUCAAAUCACUUGCAGCACAAGUCAAGAUGACAUUCCAAAUUCGUCCAUGUCUCUUGAAUGGGAUCCAACUAUCGAUGGAAAUUCAGCUAAAAAGCUGCAGCCAUUGGUUGCCGUUGUUAAGAAUAAUUCAUGCCCUGAAAAAGCGCCAGAGAUCUCUGGAUCUUACGACCCAGUGAAAACAUUUUUCAACAAUAAAACUAAGAAUAUCCCCAAAACAAAACUUACACGCUUAGAUAAAGAAAUCCCGGAUGUAGUUUCCAGUCCAUCGGCGGCUAUACUUCAAACGCGCAAGUUUGACCGGAAUAUGUUUGUAUUACUGGAAUCAGUUAGGGAAACAGUUGUGUAGAAAUAGAAAGUACAUAAURUUAUUGAAAUUUUAGAAAAUCCUAAUAAAGAAAUAUGUGGAAAUAAAACAAAARCAACAUUGAAAUGCUUAUGAAAAAAUAAAAUAUCAAUAGCCGAUUUGCGAUUUUGGCCUCAGUAGUCAAACAUAAAAGAAUCAAGACCAGGUGCCGUGCAUUAAGCUYAGUCUAUUGUGAAAAACUAUUGUCUUUUCACGAAUGACUGAGCAUUAUGCACGGCGCCUCGUCUUGAUUCCUUUGUGUGAGACUGCUUAGGCAAAAUUCGCAAGUCAACCAUUGUAUUAACUAUUUAAAAUCUGAUUGGUUAACAGGCUAUCAUUUACUCUCCAUAAUCAGACAAACCUACAGAUUAAUGAGAAGAUAUUUUACUAGCGAAUGACCUUUUUGAUCUGUAGGCUCCAACCACAAUGCACUGCUGAGCAAUAGCGCCAAGAAAUUAUGGCCCAGUUGCAGCUUUUCACCAUAACAUUGCACUUUAACAUGGUUUAUUUUGCUAGAGUCUUCAUUUUA